ACCCUACAUGUUCACAGCAAAAACUGGGGAAAGAUUUUCCGUAUCCUGCCACCACUUUUAGUUUACUAUUUCAUUCAUUCACACUCCUCCUCAAAAACAUGUCAACUGUCAACCCCACUCAAAAAAGCAGUGAGUUCAGUCUCCUCACAGUCACACCACCCACCUAAAUACCAACAAUACAGUGGGCAUGAUGGCAACUGAUGGUCAAUUGUAGAUUGGAGCUAUGUUCUGAAAUGCAAAAACUGGGAGAAAACUUUGCCAGUGCUGCACAAAAAGGAGAUCUAAAAUCCAUGCAGCAUCAGCUUUCCAGUUUGCAAUGUGAACCCAAGGACUUGUUGGAGUACAGUCGACCCCGCUCUGGGGACCGGCCGGUUCAUUUGGCGGCCAGACAUUCUCAACUUGAGGUACUGGAAUUGUUGACAGCUGCCGGAGUGGACUUGGAGGUUGCAAACUUUGACGGGAAGCGAGCACUGCAUGAAGCGGCCAUAUCGGGACAUUUCAGCUGCUUGGAAUUCUUGUUAUCGUCCGGGGCAUUAGUGGAUCCUCUGAAGAGAGCUGAUUGGACGCCACUGCAUCUAGCAUGCACUAAAGCAGAUAUUACCAUCAUCCAGCGACUUAUCCAACAUGGAGCUAACCCCAAACUAAGGAACAAAGAUGGCUGGAAUGCUUUUCAUAUCGCCUCAAGGGAAGGCCAUGCAGAAAUACUGAGUUAUCUUCUGGAUCAAUAUCCAGAUUUGUGGGAUACGGUCAGCAAGAACGGACGCACACCUCUUCAUACUGCUGCCCUCCACGGCAAGAUCGGUGCAGUGAAGCUGCUUCUAACCCGGGCAGAGACCCCAGUAGAUCGGGCAGACACCUGUGGAUCAACCCCACUCAUGGAUGCACUGCGGGAUGGGUUUGUUGACGUGGCAAAACUUCUUGUGGAUCAGCAGGGGGUUGAUGUUCAUAAAUGUGAUGUCCUCGGAAGGAGUGCUGUACAUCUGUCCUCCCAGGCUGGUUGUAAACCAUCGGUUAUUUUCCUUGUCAAUCAACAACAUGUGAAUGUGGACGUGCCAACUUUAACGGGAGGGCAUACAGCGCUACAUCUAGCAUCCAAGGAAGGCCAUUUUGAAAUGAUUGAGCUACUACUCUCACUCGGUGCUGACAUCAACGCAACGGACGACAAAGGCAGGACAGCCCUACACAUUGCUGCUGGAAUUCAACACAAGCUCUGCAUCGAGACUUUGCUAAGACUCGGUGCCGUGAACUGCCCUGACAAAAGCGGGCAAACCCCCAGUCAACUCAUUACAAAACCAGACAUUCUCCAACUAUUUGACGUCUCGUGACCCCUGUUACAAUAAUUGCACGAUCAUAUCCAGUUCACUUAUUAGUAGACUGCCUGUAUACUGUGUAACGUUUGAAAAUAAGAGACACAGAACAUGGACUUCAUGCAGGCACAAGCUGUACCGAUACCAAAUCAAUCACACAAAACAUACCUGCCCUCACAGAUACCCAUUAACCCCUGGUUGAAGAGUAGUAGUUAGAGUGGAGUGUCAUGCUCAAGGACCCAGGUGUCACAACCAGGAUUCGAACCCACAACUCGAGUCUGGUGACCGCUCGGCCAUGCCACACUUGAAGGCUUAAACCGAUUCUCUUUGAGGGACUGUGUGUAGUUUUCAGAAAAAGGAAAACAAAACCUGAUCCUCAUUACUAAAGAUGAGGGAAAGGUGUUGACUGCAAACUAAAUCCGACAAUCUCAAGAAAUAUUCUUGCGCAAACAGAAAGUAUAAAUCAUAAUUUACUCUUCUAAUAUAAUAUAUAAAUACAUUUGAGUUCAGUUGAAAUCACUUUAAAAAUCAGAACUUUAACUCAAAUGAUAUUCUACUUUGUCUGAUAUUCCAUCCAAAUCACACAGUUUCGUUCACAGUUUUUUUAAAGAGAUCAAGAAUGUUACUAAAAAGUAGUGGCACAAAUUUGUAAAGAAAAAAAAAUCCACUUAAGUAUUGGGCCAUAUAAAAUAUGAGGAAACCAAGGGAAAAUGUGCAAUUCCUGUAACCAGGCAUGAUAUUUGGUCCAAGAAAAUGUAGGAAAACUGUUUCGAGAACAUGGGCUCGCCUAAAUGCACAUGUAGGCAGUAAUUAAUUAUAUUUUUUCCCUGAUGUUAUAAGAGCAAACAAAUUGGGAAAACACACUCAAGUAGGAAGAAUUUUCUUAUUUUACUUUCCUUAUUUGUCAUAGAAAGAAAAGGAGGGGGGGGG